AUGUCUGCAUCCCCCACAGACCGAGUUCCGAAGCGAUCAGGCGUCGUCAAGCGGUCGUCAAUGGCAUGUACGACAUGCCGUCAGGUGAAGCUCAAGUGUGAUGCUCUCAAACGGUCCCCAAAUCCGUGUACGAGGUGCGAGAGGAUGAAGAGACCAUGUCUGUGUGACCCCGGUUUCAAGAGAAGUGUCGUCCGAGGGGCCUUGGAAAAAGUCACACAGGAGAAGGAGGAGUUGCAACAUCUCGUGCACUCUCUUCGCGGCGAGAGUGCGAUGGACGGUGCUCUGGUGGUCCCCUCCGAGCAACGCAGCCGUGGCCUCAGCUCCGAGUCUCCGCAAUACAGAAUCAGCAUGACAAGCACUCCUCAAAACAUAUUGCCCCGUCCAGAAAGUUCCAGCCUGCCCGGCGCAUCGCCCUUGCGGCCCUCGAUGGCACUGACGCCGAAUUCGAACGCGACGGUCAUGGACAGCGUGUCGACAUUCCAUCUUCACGGCGUCUAUGUCGAUCGACAUUCAGCAGAAGGGCUUUUUCAAUACUUUUUGGACCAUCAUUUCGAGCAGCUCCCUAUCCUGCAUGUGCGGAGGAGCAUCGAUCUUGUCUUUGAGGACAGCCCCCUUCUCUUUUGGGCCGUGAUAUUGACUGCCGCGCGUGGAUCUCGCAAUCCUCUGUUCGAGAAGCUCCUCGAGCCGGUUAAGCGCCUCUUGAUGGCCCAGAUCGUCACCUCGAUACGGUCGAUACACGCCAUCCAGGGCUUGUUGAUCCUUUCUUUCUGGCCAUUCCCUGUCCAGCGGCAGACACAAGACGUAUCCUGGACGUAUUGCAAUAUUGCCGUCUCGGCUGCGAUACAGAUUUGUUUAGGUCGGGCAGAUCUACCUCGAUCCGGUCCACAUGCCAAAUUUGACGUCCCAAAAGGUUGGACGGGGGAUGCCGUCCUGCGCAAAAAGACCUGGCUGGGCUGUUUUGUCGUCAGCACGUCUCUGGCUGCGACGUUUGGUCUACCGCCGCCCAUGAGUAUGGUUGCCAACCGUGCGCUGUCCAUUAGGCAGAGUCUCGAAGGCCACGUACCGCAGGAUUUUUUGAGGCUGGCUGAGCUCCAAGAGUUCUGGAUCAGGGCGACCACGAUCAUCGAGGGCUCUAGCUCUGGCAAGCCGCAUCAUUCCCUGAUAAACCUGUUGGUUAUGGAACUCGACGAAAUAAAGCGAAGUUGGCCGGCAAAUAUCUCGCUGUGGCUCAGUAUGGGAUUUGCAGCAACGGGCCUACAUCUCUGCACCACUGCCGUGUCGAGUAAUAUCCAGCGCGAGGCCAAACUGCAGGCCGCGGACCUGCGAACAGCGCGAUACCAGAGCUUUGAGGCUGCCUCGCGAAUCGUCGACCUCGUCGUCACGUUGUCAAAUAACACGUCGGGACGAAUUGAAAUCCAAAGCCAUGCGACAAGAGAAGUCAGUGAGGCCAUGGAGCUGUAUCCCAAGCAUCAAUUGCGCGAUGUCGUUGCGGCAGCGCUAUGUCUUGUCAACACCAUCGCUGUGGACAACCUCGACACAAAGCUAGUCUCUGCAGACGUGAAGACGACAGUCAUUCAAGAGGUGCUGCAGAUAUGUUCCGUUUUGCGAAGUCUCUCGUGGGAUGAAUGGGAUGAAGGCGGCAGCGCGGCAGGGCUUCUCGAGCUGCUCGUGCGGCAUGCCGAGGACAGCAACACGGGUCGCCACUUUAGGGAGGCUGAGCUGUCGCCGCAGCUCGGCAUCGUGCAAAACAGCGUCGACGUCGCCCGGCGGAUCUUGGGAAGAGUGGAGGAUUCGGGUCUCAACCCAGAACAACAUCCUCCAGGCCCGGCCCUGGCGGGAACGAAUCCGUUGCAGACUCCCGGGUAUUCGACCAUCUCUGGCCAUCCCACCGUGGAAAGCUCACAUUCUGGAGGUGAUGAGUCUUUUGCCCACCCUGCCCCGUUCAUGCAGGCCGGACACGACACAGCAGUGCCAAAUAGGCUGCCGGGGCCGGAUGAGGCGAAUGAGUAUGUCAUGUCUACUUGGAGUUUUGACACGUUCCUGUGGGAUGAGUUGGAUGUUAUGAACUGGGGCCAUCUUUAUCAGCCUGAUACAACAGCUAUAGCCGUGGAGCCAAGCGGUUAAUGACGAGAUGAAUAGUGAUGUAUGGCUGGGGUUGGACUUGCAAGGUCCUUGUGGUAAUU